GAUUGGCUGGGGAGAAAAUGAUUUUUCUUUUUCUUUUUUCUUAGUCUCGUUUGCGCUGCUCUCUCUCUCUCUCUCUUUCUCAGUUUGCAAUUCAGAUAGAGAAUGGUUUGGAUUGGCUUCGAUUUCUCCGGUUUCUUCUUCUAUCAUCUUUGGUUCUGCUCUCAUCUCUCCCUUCUACAAUCACCACCGGUAAUAUCGUUCAUCAAGACGAUUCUGAACCACGUUGAUCGAAAACAGAGUUCCGAAACUGGAGGUCGGCGACGGAGAAAACAAAACUCUUAUCUAAAAAUCCCGCUGGUGUUUCAAAUUUGAAGGGUUUUUGUUCGGUAUUGUAGUUUUGGAUGGAAGAUAGUGUGGUUGAUGAUGUUAUAAAGAGGUUACUGGGAGCGAAAGAGGCUCCUAUCAAGAUUUGCGGUAUUCAUUUAUCCGAACCACAAGUCUUUACAAUUUUGUUAUUUGAUUUGCUUAGAUUACGUUUGAUUAUUAAAACCGGUUUCGAUGUUGAUUAGCUAAUUAGAACUGUUGAAAUUAUUAAUUUAGAGGAAUUUUUACUAUGAUGAUUGGUCAAACUUGUGUUUCUUAGAUAGGAGAGCUUGGUUAGUUUUGUAAAAAAUGCGUAUGAAUCUGCUGCUUUGUGUGGGGAUUGAGUUUCUGGUGAGCGUAGUACCAAAGCUCAAGUCACUCUUAGCCCAAUUCUCUCAAACAGGUUAUUCUCUUUUUGUUCUUAUGUAUAUAUAUCCCUCGAUGAAUAUAGUUCUCUGUCUGUUUACAAGUUUGUGUUUUGUCUGAGUUCUUGUAUCUGCUUGUGUUUAUUAUAUCUACAGAUACUUGUUUGAUAGUUCAUGUAUUAAUUGUUAUCUAGUAUUAGUUUUAUGAGAUUAGGUAUAUAGAUGAUUGAGUACAAACUUGUAAAUCGAUUUUGAAGAAGAAGCUGAGGACGGCUGUGGAUAUUGAGGAUGUUAGGAGAGAAGUUGAGAUCAUGAGGCAUAUGCCUGUUCAUCCUAAUGUUGUUACUUUGAAAGAGACUUAUGAAGAUGAGCAUGCUGUUCAUUUGGUUACGGAGCUUUGUGAAGGUGGUGAGUUGUUUGAUAGGAUUGUUGCUAGAGGUCAUUACACCGAGAGAGCUACUGCUGCUGUCACUAAAACCAUCAUGGAAGUUGUUCAGGUGUGUCACAAGCAUGGGGUAAUGCAUAGGGACCUGAAACCAGAGAACUUCUUGUUUGGAAACAAAAAGGAGACUGCACCUCUCAAGGCGAUUGAUUUUGGUCUCUCUGUUUUCUUUAAACCAGGUAAUGUGGCUUUGGUGCUCUAUAAAAACGUUAUCACUCUGAGAUGA